AUGACAACAACAACAACACCGCCGCCAACAAUGACACUCUCUUACCCCAACCCAUCCCUGUCCUCGAUGGAUGGCGAGGACCACCCCCGGGCAUCACCCGCUUCGAUAUCCUCCUCGAUGACAGUAACCAACACCGCCGAACAACUAGAAUUUGAAGAGGAGAAGCUAUCAGAGCCACCUUCAAAGAGACCAGUCAUGCGUCAGGUCCUCUUAACUCUCGUAAUCUGCCUAGGCCUAAUGUUCUCCUGCCUCGACACCUCAAUCGUCUCAACCUCUCUCUACAGAAUAGCAGGCGAUUUCCAAAACACGCGAGACAUCUCAUGGAUCAUCCUCUCGUAUCUCCUGACGUACAUGUCCUUUGCCGUGGGGUUCUCCAAGCUAUCCGACAUUUACGGCCGCAAAGCAAUUAUGCUGGCGGCAUGGCUGUUGUUUACUCUCGGGUCGAUCUGGUGCGGUUGGGCGGGUUCAAUGACGCAGUUGAUUGCGGGGAGGGCGGUUCAGGGAGUGGGAGGGUCAGGGCUGUACUCGCUGGCGCAGGUUUGUCUUGUUGAGCAAGGACCGGCGAGGCCGGAGGUGGUGGGGGGGUUGGUGGGGAUCACGUUGAGCGUGAGUUUUGUGCUUGGGCCGGUGAUGGGAGGGGGGAUAAGUGAUGGGUGGUGGUGGAGGGGGGUUUUUUGGGUCAAUAUACCGGUUGGGGUCUUGGCCAUGGUGGGAAUCUUGACUCUGUGGCCGUGGGAGAGGAUGGCGUUUGGGAGGAGGGAGGCGGAGUAUCAACACCAGGGGGCCAAGAUGGGGGGGUUCUGGCACAAGAUCGCCAGGGUGGACUUUAUUGGGAACACGCUGUUGGCGCUGGCGUCGAUAUUGCUAGUGUUUGCGCUGCAGGAGGCGGGGAGGUAUGUCUGGCGGUGGGAUAGCCCGGUCAUAAUAUGGUCGUUGGCUAUUUCGGUGGUGAGUUUUGUGUUGUUCGGAGUGUGGGAGUGGUAUUUGUAUCGAGGGGGAGAAAGCGGGAAGGUGAGGAUUGAGGGGAUAUUUCCGGUUGGGUUGGUCAAGGGGAGGGUUUAUGCUUGUGUUUUGGUCAACACGUUACUAUCCGGGUUCGUCUACAUCGCCCUCGUGAUUAACAUCCCCGAGAGGCUUCAGGUUGCAUAUUUUGACUCUCCGCUCUGGGCGGGGGUUCAUUUGCUGCCUAUGCUUGGAUGUUGCGCCUUUGGAAGUUUUCUUGGGGGGUUGGUUUCCAAGAAAAGGGACCUCACCUCUCAUACAUUAAUCAUCGGCAGUUUAAUCCAAGUUCUUGGACUGGGACUAACAGUCGGGUUUGACUCCCGCGCUGGAAACAAACUUCCCCUAGGGCAAUUAUUGGGGUUUACGGCUGUGUAUGGACUAGGAGUUGGCCUGUCUUUUGCCAGCGCCACCAUCAUCGCUGCUGUGGAAGCAGGAAGCGAGGAUUUGGCUGCUGCGCAGGGGGCCGUGGCGCAGGCGAGGGUGUUUGGAGGCGCGCUGGGGUUGGCGGUAGGGGGGAUAUUGAUGAAUCAACGCCUUAAGGGGGAGUUGAGCGGGGUGCUGAAGGGGAAGGGGUUGGAGGAGGUGCAUAAGAGUUUGUAUGGGAUUUUGAGGCUGGGGGUCGAUGAUAGGAACAGGGUGGUGGAGGUUUAUGUGGGCGGUUUUGGGAAGAUAAUGUGGGUGUUUUUGGGGGUGGCGGUUGUAUCAGCUGUUGUUGCUUGUGGGACUUGGAGAGGGAAGGGAGGAGAGAAGACGGUGGUGGAGGUUAUGGAAGGGCAUCAGGUUGGCAGGGGAGGUGGUGGGAGGAAAGAGAGGGAGAUGGAAUUGGAGAGUGCGAGCAGUGUCAAAAGGUUGAUGGGGUGAUUCUGGGGGGGAGGUUUCUUGAUGUUGAAGAGGUUUUUUUGGGAAAUACCCUGUCUUUUGUUUGUUGAGGGGGGUUGACUGGGUGAAGCGAGAUGUUUUGUUUACGUUCAACAGGCGUUUUCAUUUAGCGGUGUGGGGUUGUUAGUUGGUAUAGGUGUUUGAACCUUUUAUGUAUAUCACCACGUUUUUGGAGGGGUUAUAUCUUUCUUUUUCUGUUGGGGGGUCAUCUUUCUAUUCUUUGGGGGUAGGUUAACUUUAGGUUUGGCUUUUUUGGACGUUUUAUUCUUCUGACAGAGUUUUGUUGAAGUUGGGGGAGAGAGCUUUUGUUUAUUAACGGGU